UAAGCUGCAGUGUUUCUGUAUCAAUCUGCUUUAAGUUUAGUGUGACUUUAUCUCCACACUGACUUAUGACUGACACGAGUCUGUCCUCAGUGAAGUGUCUCUUCACGCUGGAGGAGGAGUCCCGCUCAUCAGCGCUGACACUUUAUUGAUAUAUAUGGAGAAAAUAAAAAUGCUGCUUUCUGAUUUGUCACUGAUUGUGUUUGAUGAUUUCCUCUGUUGUGUCUAAUAAGGUAACAGUGAGUGUCAUUGGCAGCUGUGAGUCUCUCUCUCUCUUUAGGGGGCUGACAGGAGCCAGUUUCUUCAGUGUGUUUGAGGGAGCAGACGAGAAACUUGUGCUGUGCUCUGAGUUGAUGAAAUAGUGUGUGUUGAGCUGAAGGAGAAGAUGGACAGCUGUCUGAUGCUGAUGUUUCUGUAUUAUAUGGUAAAACUCAUCAUCACAGCAGAAAGUGUGAGUGUGAGACUGGUGAAUGGCAAUAAUCCCUGUGCUGGUAGAGUGGAGGUUUUUGAUAAAGGUCAGUGGGGAACAGUGUGUCAUCAUGGGUGGGAUAUUGCUGAUGCUGCAGUGGUGUGUAGAGAGCUGGACUGUGGGACGGCUGUAACAGCAACACGCAGUGCUCACUUUGGACAAGGAUCAGGACCAAUUUUAAUGGGUUAUUUAUACUGUAGAGGAUCAGAGACUGCACUGAAAGACUGCAUUUCAUACACCCAGAAUGCACAGGACUGUAAACAUGAACAUGAUGCUGGUGUCGUCUGUUCAGAAAAGGGAUUUCGACUUGUAGAUGGUCCUCACCUGUGCUCUGGGAGGUUAGAGAUACUUCAUGAUCGGACGUGGAUGUCAGUGUGUGACGCUGCCUUUGACCAGCAGGAUGCAGAGGUUGUGUGUAGAGAGCUGGACUGUGGGGCUCCUGUACAGGUGCUGGGAGCAGCUGCUUUUGGCAAAGGAGACACUCAGA